AAGAUCAUCAUCAUCAUCAUCACGAUCCGGGCGAGCUGCGAAGUCAUGUGCGCCCGUUAUGCGCAGUCAAAAUUAUUAUGGAAAUAGUGAUUUUUCACCACGACACAUAAAUGACACAUCUUUCUGACGCACUAUUUUGAAGGAUCAAGUGGGACACACUUUUUCUUCACGAUGAGGGACGACAAGCGGCCUCAAUACUGCUACCAGGUGCAGGAUUUCACGGUGCCACUCCCCAAACAGUUGGAAGACAUGCAUGCAACCAGCAACAUCGACAAUUCCAGGGAGGCGUUGGUCUUGGUUGUUCAUGUCCUCAUGAGCGAAGUUGAUUACCAGGCAAAUGGGUGGAGAGAACGUUUGACUGACAACAGUGUUGUCGAGCACAGCGUUCAGGAGACCCUAAGCUGGCGUCAACCACAGAAUGUCCUCGAGUUGGUUUACAGACACCCAACAUGCCUUGAAGCGUCCUUCACCGUCGUCUUUAUAUCUCUCGGGCCUAACAAUCUCGUUCUCCAUGGACUGGUAUCGGCUGAUGAGGAGUCUGAAGGCUUCUCUCUGGGCCUCAGAAUUUCUGACUUUGUCCAGAAGACCUUCCUUUCGGAUCCAGAGCCAAACAAAGUCUACCGGAACUUGCCGACACUGUCGAGGACGGUGAAGGACGGAAUAUCCCUUCCAUUGUUGGGAUGGGCUCAAAGCGUGUGCAACGUUCAGCCUACGUUCGGAUUCCUGACGCUGAGUUCUGAAAUUCAGUUGCUCAUCCUUGGCUAUCUGAGCGUACGGGACCUCCUGGCGGCUUCCCGAGUCAACGUUGACCUGUACCACUUGACGGCACAUCCUGCACUUUGGAGGAAACUCUUCCUCAAGCAUUUUCCAUCAGCGGAGCUGUCACAGACAGAGGAAGUGGUUGACUGGAGGGAAAGGUACAAGAGGGAAUACCUGCAACGUAAGGAGCAUCGCGAGUGUGUUGUGCGUCUUCUGCCUCCACCGCCUGCUCUGCUCCGCCCGCGGCCCUUCAUUCCCCCGCUCAUACCUUUCCUGGACGAGUUUGACCAGCGGGGCAUACUUCCACGGCCACCUCCUCGCUUCCUGCCGCCCCACAUACCGGAGUUUCCUCGCCUCCUGCCAGAUCCAGCACUUCCGAGGCCCCACUUCAACCGCUUUGGACUUCCGCCCCACCAGCGGCUUGGUCCGGGCUUUGACUUUCUGUGAUAUACGCGAUGAAUCCGCACAAAAUGAGUGUGCAAAAAUAAUAAAAGAUCUGAACACUU